UUAUAAAUUCUCUCUCUUUGAUCAACAACGACUACUUAAUAAUUUCCCCACAUUACCAAAUUAAAUAGAAAUGAAGACAUAUUUUCUUUUGAUCAUCCUCAUAAUUUGUUCAUCACUGCUUCAAAUUUCCCAAGCCGAUUCAUGCAGCCUAAAUUUAAAUCUCACUGCAGUACAGUUCCCUUUUAAUCUCUCAUCUCUCCACUGCUCGAUUGUUUGGAAUGUCCACGACUUUGUUCUUCGAUAUGCUCAAACAUCUUCCAAUCUAUGGAGCUUUGUUCUCUCAAAGCCCGAUACGAAUUCCUACCUCGGAAUGGGAUUUUCGGACGACGGAUUAAUGGUCGGAUCUAGCGCAAUCGUGGGUUGGAUAUCAUCGGACGGUUAUGCAAAUGUUAAACAGUAUUCUUUAAGAGCUCAAAUUGAAACUCAAGUAAUACCCGACUCUGGCGAUUUAAAUAUCAGUUAUUCCACGAUCAUAUCUCAAUCUACACGUAUUUAUUUAGCCUUUCAAUUAGUCACUCAUCGACCAUCUUCCCGGAUAAUUUACUCCAUCGGACCGGUCGGUAUGUUGCCGUCUUCUCCAAGUUACCGGUUGAUGGAGCAUCGUGAUAAGAUCUCUACUGCUCUAAAUUAUGUUACAAGUGAGACCAGCAAUGAAGAUGUAGAUGGUGACCUAAGAAGGAGCCAUGGAAUGCUGAAUAUGGUCGGUUGGGGUAUUCUAAUGAUAAUUGGAGGAAUAAUUGGUCGCUAUUUCAGGCAUUGGGAUCCAAUUUGGUUCUAUGCUCAUAUUGGGAUUCAAUCAUUGGGAUUUAUAAUAGGAAUUUCAGGUGUAAUUUGUGGAUUUUUCUUAGAAGAUCUUACCAAUGCUCGUGUUUCUAUUCACAAAGGCAUUGGAAUUUUCAUUCUUGUUCUUAGUUGCCUUCAGGUGAUCAUGGCAUUUUUGGUCCGACCAGAUAAGUUAUCUAAAGUGCGGAAAUAUUGGAAUUGGUAUCAUUAUAGUGCAGGGAAAAUUCUAAUGGCAUUUGCAAUAGCAAAUGUGUUCUAUGGACUCCAUUUAGGAGAAAAAGAAAGUGGAUGGAGUGGUAAAUAUGGAAUUGUUUUAGCUAUUUUGUUUAUAAUUUCUCUGGUUUUAGAGGUAAAGUUUUGGAAGAGAAAUUGAGAUUAAAAAGCAAAAUCAUUAUUCAAGAACAGGAGGAAUUGA